UGUGUUACUUUGCCUACCGUGCCUAACGUUGCUCUAGAGCAGGCAAGCCAAAAAAAGCCAACUAGAAAUUACUAAUAUCCUUCGCACUCAUUUCAUAUCCGUAUUCAUAGCGUCCAAUUCAAGUCAAACUGUGCCACCUGCGUCUUCUUCUUGGCUGCUCUUUCUCGAAUUUUCCUUUUCUUGCUUUCAUCUUUUAGUGUUGCAAAGUUAUUUGAAAAGUUUAGCAGAUCUUAGGGUUUUUUUCCUGUUGAAAACGAUGACGACCAUGGAGAGCUUGAUAGGUUUGGUGAACAGGAUACAGAGAGCUUGUACUGCGCUUGGAGAUUAUGGAGGUGGGGAUAAUACUUUCUCUUCUCUUUGGGAAGCUCUUCCCUCUGUUGCUGUCGUUGGUGGGCAGAGUUCAGGAAAAUCUUCUGUCUUGGAGAGCAUAGUAGGUCGAGACUUUCUUCCCAGAGGAUCGGGCAUUGUGACGAGGAGACCUUUGGUAUUGCAGCUUCAUAAGACUGAGGAAGGAGCGCAGGAGUAUGCGGAGUUCCUCCAUCUUCCAAAGAGACGGUUCACUGAUUUUUCCAUGGUUCGCAAGGAAAUUCAGGAUGAAACUGAUAGAAUGACAGGGAAAACGAAACAGAUUUCUCCUGUUCCUAUUCAUCUUAGCAUCUAUUCUCCUAAUGUUGUCAACUUAACCCUGAUUGAUUUACCUGGUUUAACAAAAGUCGCUGUUGAGGGACAGCCUGAGAGUAUUGUUCAGGACAUUGAAGCCAUGGUCCGUUCUUAUGUUGAAAAGCCAAAUUGUAUCAUACUUGCAAUAUCUCCAGCCAAUCAAGAUAUAGCGACAUCUGAUGCUAUCAAGCUUUCCAGGGAAGUGGAUCCCUCAGGUGAACGGACAUUUGGAGUACUGACAAAGCUGGAUCUGAUGGACAAAGGAACUAAUGCAUUGGAUGUUCUUGAGGGAAGAUCUUAUAGGCUGCAACAUCCUUGGGUUGGGAUUGUUAACCGCUCACAGGCAGAUAUUAACAAAAAUGUAGAUAUGAUUAUUGCAAGGCGAAAGGAGCGUGAAUAUUUUGCCACCAGUCCUGAUUAUGGGCAUUUAGCAAAUAAAAUGGGUUCAGAAUAUCUUGCAAAACUUCUCUCGAAGCACUUGGAGUCUGUAAUUAGGUCUCGAAUACCAAGCAUCACAUCCUUGAUAAACAAAAGCAUUGAAGAACUUGAAUCGGAGAUGGACCAUCUUGGUAGGCCUGUAGCUGUUGAUGCUGGGGCACAAUUGUACACUAUCUUGGAACUUUGCCGUGCAUUUGACAAGAUAUUCAAGGAGCAUCUGGAUGGAGGGCGACCUGGAGGAGAUCGAAUUUAUGGAGUCUUUGACAAUCAACUCCCCGCUGCUCUAAGAAAGCUUCCAUUUGAUCGGCAUCUCUCUCUACAAAAUGUGAGGAGAGUGGUCUCAGAGGCAGAUGGUUAUCAGCCACAUCUCAUUGCCCCAGAGCAAGGUUACAGGCGUCUUAUCGAUGGAGCUUUGAAUUAUUUCAGGGGCCCAGCUGAAGCUUCUGUAGAUGCUGUCCACUUUGUCUUAAAAGAGCUUGUGAGAAAGUCAAUAGGGGAAACACAGGAAUUGAAGCGAUUUCCUACUCUGCAAGCUGAGAUAGCUGCUGCAUCAAAUGAGGCCUUGGAGAAGUUUCGUGAGGAUAGUAAAAAAACCGUUAUUAGAUUGGUGGACAUGGAAUCUUCGUAUCUGACAGUUGAGUUCUUUCGGAGGCUUCCUCAGGAAGUGGAGAAAGCAGGAAAUCCAGGAGGGACUCAAGCAUCCCCGAAUGUGGACAGAUAUACAGAGGGACACUUCAGGAGGAUUGGUUCAAACGUGUCCUCUUAUAUAGGCAUGGUGUCUGAAACACUGAAGAAUACGAUUCCAAAGGCAGUGGUUUAUUGCCAAGUUAGGGAGGCCAAACAAUCAUUGCUAAAUUACUUCUAUACACAAAUAGGAAAGAAAGAGGGCAAGCAGCUUUCACAAUUGUUGGAUGAAGACCCAGCCUUGAUGGAAAGAAGACAACAGUGUGCGAAAAGGCUUGAAUUGUACAAGGCAGCAAGGGACGAGAUCGAUUCCGUAUCAUGGGCUCGAUGAUUCGGCUUCUAUCAUUUUUAUAGCUAAACUCCGAUCCGGAGUCUUGAUGGUUGAGAUUCUUUUUUUUGUUUUUCUUCUUCUUGUAUCAUAUAUUUGCCUUGUCGUCGUUGUUUUAAUUCGUUGCGAUCUUGGUUGAUCGCCGGACUUUAGUUGUGUUGGUGGUCUUCACACGGAACAGGCUUGUAUAAUAUUAUUUACAUCCACCGAUAGUUUUUAUUUAUUAUUAUUAUUAUUAUUGUUGUUUUUUA